AUGUCUGAAUCAGAAAGUAAGUCAAUUAAAAAAGCGCAAAAAUUAUAAAGUAAAUUAUCAAGAAGCCAGAUGUUGGAAGAGAAAUUCAAAUUAGAAGAAUAAUUGAAAGAAAUAAAAGAAUAAUAUGGAAAUUUACCUGAAAAAAAAGUAGAACCGAAAACUAAUACUUAAUAUAGAUGGAAUUAUGUCCUAAAUGAGAUGGUAAUAUUUUGAGUAAUAGUAGAGUGAAAUGUAAUAAUAUAUGUCUAAGAGACUUGAAUGUUUUAAAUUUAAAACUAAAAAAUUAGCAGAAUAAGCAAUUAAUAAAAGGUUAAAAUAUUACGAGGCAAUUAAGGAAAAAGAGAGGGUAAAAGUGAAAAUAAUAUAAAGAAUGAAGAAAAGAACCAAUUUAGACAAUUACAAAAAGUAGCCAAAACAGUAUAGAGAGAAUUUUGGAAAUACGUGUGGUAAAUAAGAAAAUAAGUGCAAUAAUUUAAGGAUGAUAAAAUAAAAUAAGAGAGUCAAAAAUAGAAAUUAGGAGAUAUAGUUACUAGAUUAAAAGAAGUUACAGAAGAAGUUGGAUAGAAAUUAUCAUAAUAUUAAAAUGAAUAAUAAGAAGAUGAAAUCAAUUUGAUACCAAUAGAUAAAUUCAAAACACUUUAUUUUGAAUUAAAAAGAAGAUAAAAUGCAUGGCCUGGAUUUAAAAAAUAAAUAUAAUCAGUUUAAUCAAGUAUUUUUUAAGUAAUUUUAAAUCAGAUUUUGUAAUUGACCUUAUAAAAGUAGGAUAAGAUAGAUAUGAAAUAGCUAAAGUUUAAUCUAAAGAUGAAGAAGUAGAUGAAAGUGUAUUAGAUGCAGAUAAAUGUUUAAAAGUACUUAAAAAAUCUAAAAAAUUUCCAUUUUUAUUUGAAGCAGAAGAUAGUAUAAGAAUAUUAUAAAUAUAGGUUUAUUGGAAUAAUAACCAUUUUUAUUAAAUGGAUAAUUAAGAAUAUAUUAAUUAGUAGGUGUUCAUUGGAUGGCUAGUUUACAUUAAUAAUAGAUGAAUGGAAUUUUAGCAGAUGAAAUGGGUUUAGGAAAAACAAUAUAAACUAUUGCAUUAUUAGCCUAUUUAGCAGCAAAUAAAUAAAUAUGGGGUCCUCAUUUAGUAAUUGUUCCUACAAGUAUUUUAAUGAAUUGGGAAAUUGAAUUUAAAAGAUGGUGUCCUGCUUUUAAAAUUAUGACUUAUUUUGGUUCACCAAAAGAGAGAAAAUUAAAAAGAUAAGGAUGGAGUUAAUUAAAUAGUUUUCAUGUUUGUAUAACAAGUUAUAAGAUUGUUAUAUAAGAUAGUAAAGUAUUUAAAAGAAAGAAGUGGUAUUAUAUGAUAUUAGAUGAGGCUUAACAUAUUAAAAAUUUUAAAUCUUAAAGAUGGUAAGUCUUAUUGAAUUUUAAUACAAGAAGUAGAUUACUUUUAACAGGAACACCUUUAUAAAAUGAUUUAGGUGAAAUAUGGAGUUUACUUCAUUUUUUAAUGCCUUCUAUCUUUGAUAGUCAUUAAGAUUUUUUAUAGUGGUUUAUGAGUAUAGAAAAAGCUAUUUCAGAAAACAAAACUAUUUCAGAAGAAGUCUUAAGAUAAUUACAUGAUAUAUUAAGACCUUUUGUAUUGAGAAGAUUAAAAAAGGAUGUAGAGAAGUAAUUACCAGAAAAAAGAGAGAUAAUUGUUAAAUGUGAUUUAUCAAGAAGAUAGAAAUAUUUAUAUGAUGAAUUUAUAUAAUCUUCUGGUAACUUUGAAAUUUAAGGAACAGAUUUUGUUACUAUGAUGAAUAAAGUAUAAUAAUUAAGAAAGGUAUGUAAUCAUCCUGAAUUAUUUGAAUAAAGACCAGUAGAAUAACCAUUCUAUUUUCCUGCUCUUAAAUUUACAUAUCCAAAAAGAAUUUAAGUAAAUUUAAAAUAAUCUCCAAUAAAAUUAAAUAUUUCAUUCAUUAAACAAAGAUUCCCUUCUUAAGAAGUUUUAUAAUAUUAUUAAAAUAUAAUAGAAUAAAGAAUUAUGAAUAAGAAAUCAUCUAAAUUUGGUAAAAGAUGGAUUGAAUUAGAAAAUUAAUAAGUUUAAUCUAGAUUUAAAUCAAAUAUGUAAAAUAGUUAUUUAAAAAUAAUAUUUUAUCAUGCUUUAUUAACAUACAAUCCUGAAAUACUUACUUUUUGUAAAGAGAAGAUUAAGAGUUUCUUGAUGCCAACUGUUGAUUAUUUAUUAGAUAAAAUGCAAGACACUCUUAAUGAAUUUAGUUGUGUCAUUAGAAAAGUUGAUGCAUUACCAUAAUAACUCUAUUAUAGUCCUUAUUAAACAUAAUAAUAAGAUAUUAUACCAAAAGGAAUAGAUUCAUUAUUUUAUAUGAUCUAAAAAUAAAGAAUGUUAUUUCCUAAUAAGAAAUUAUUAAUUUAUGAUUGUGGUAAAAUGAAUACUUUAGUAUCUUUAAUUUAUAAAUUAAAAUCACAAAAUCAUAAAAUUAUUAUUUUUACAUAGAUGACUAAAAUGUUAGAUUUAUUUGAAGCAGUACUAUCUUUAAGUAAGAUAUCCUAUUUAAGAUUGGAUGGAUCUACACCAGUUGAAAUGAGAUAAAAAAUAGUUGAAAGUUUUAAUCAAUUAAAUAUUACAUGUUUUAUAUCAUCAACAAGAAGUGGAGGAAUUGGAUUAAAUUUAACUGGAGCAGAUACUGUUAUUUUUUAUGAUACUGAUUGGAAUCCAGCUAUGGAUAAAUAAGCUUAAGAUAGAUGUCAUAGAAUUGGUUAAGUUAGACCUGUUACUAUAUAUAGAUUAAUUACUAAUUCUACUAUUGAAGAGAAUAUUUUUUUGAAAUCUUUAUAAAAAAGAUAAUUAGAUGAUUUUGUGAUGUAAUCUGGUAUGUUUAGUCCAGAAUAAAUAUUAAAAUCAUUUUAACUUUUUGAUGAUGAAAAAAUGGAUUAAGCAAUCAAAUAAGUUGAAGAUAUUGAUGAUAGAUAAGCAGCUUAAAAGGCUUUAAUUGAAGAAUAAAAUUAUUAAAUGAAUGGAGCUGAAGAAAUUGAAGAAAUUGAAAAAGGAGAUAAUAUGGAUUGGUUAAUACCUAAUUAAUUACCACCUAUAGUAAAAUAUGGAUUAAAAAUGAGUGAUUGUAUUGUUAAUGAUAAUGCUGAAAUAUAGAAAUUAUAAGAUGAAAUGGAUGAAGGAGAAGAAGAAGAAGAAGAAGAAGAAAAUGAUAAUGAUGAUGAAUUAAAUGAAGAAAAAGUAGAUGAAGAAAUAGUAGAUGAAGAAUAAGAAUAGUCAAAAAAUGAAGAAAAUGAAUAAUAACUGAAUUAAAAAAAGAAAAAAAGUAAUAGUAAAAGUGUUGAUUAUUCUGAUUCAGAAAAUCAUGUUUUUUGUGUUGAAAAUAAAAAAUGA